ACAACUGCAGGGCUGGUCUGACUCUGUCCUUCCCUGCACAUGUGCAUGCAGGGCUGGUCCUCACCCUCUCUGCCAUUCCCCCUCUAAUGUCAUUCCCUCUCUAGGGGCUUGAUGGCCCUUGUCUACACCUGCAAACCCAGGUACACGGCCUCUGUGUGAUGUGCUGAUCUUGGUGACUGGGGAGUGGGAAGCAUCUCUAAUCCCUCUGGUACUGGAACCCUUUCACAGCUUCACCCUUUCUGGAGAGGAAGGUUUCAGCCUGGCUGCUUUCCAGCAGGGCUGAGCACGCUGCUGCAAGCAUGUUGUCACACUGGCCCUCACUGUCCCCUCCCCACUGCUGACAAAUGCCAGGACUGGGCACGAAGGCUGCAGCUGGUGGCUCCUUUGUUUAUUCAUCAGAAGCACUGUGAGAUUUUUGUCAGCACUUUUCCCCUUGUCCCUGCAGUCUCCCAGGGAGAGCAUGAGCCCCAGCUCCCAAGAGUGGAAGGCAGCAAGGAAAAGAGACUUAAGUACAGCUCCUGCUUUGGCUGCUGCUCUCAAAUGACACUUGGUGACUGGUCUCUCCUUAUGGUUUUGUUAAAAAAUAGGUUAUUUUGUUAGAAAUCUAAUUUGCAUGUUAAGGAUCUCCCCACCACCCCCACGGGCAGCAUGGAAAGCGUGCGUGAGCUCCAGAACCCGCUCUUGGCCAAAUCCAAUGGGCACCUUCGCAGCAGCUAUUCCUACCACCAGCACCACAGCCAGGACUACCCCAGCCACCGCUGCCAGGGGAAACUGUAUUCCUACAUAUUCCAAAACACUGGUGGUGCCAGGACUCACCAGCUGCUGGAUGCCAGUUCCCUGCAGCUGGCUGUCGAAGCUUUGUAUGGCCCCAGUUUCAUCCUUGUGAAGGAUGAGACUGCUCUCAAGGCCAAGGACAGCAAGAUGGAAAGCUGCGAGACCACUUUCACAGAAAGCAAAGAGUCUUCAUCUGAAGCUCCUGAAGGGCAAGAGGCACAAGGGUCCUGCCUGGUAGAGAGUGACAUCCGUAUCCAAACUGUUUCCUAUGAGGUGGAGGAAGAGGAGCUCCAGGAGUAUGAGAGCGACUCCUCCAGCGACAGCGAAAGCGAGGAUCAUUUCCUGAUGCUUCCCCCCCGGGACCACUUGGGCUUGGCCCUUUUCUCCAUGCUGUGUUGCUUCUGGCCCCUGGGGAUUGCUGCCUUCUACUUCUCCCAAGGGACCAGCAAGGCUGUCUCCAAAGGAGAUUUUCACCUGGCCAGUUCAGCUUCCCGCCGAGCUCUCUUCCUCGCCGCGCUCUCCAUAACCAUUGGCACAGGAGUGUACAUCGGCGUGGUGGUAGCACUGAUUGCUUAUCUCUCGAAAGGCGGCCACGUGUAGCUGCCACCUGCAUGUCACUGCCAUCCCUGGCUGCUGACCCUCCUGGGACUGAGCUUUCCUGCGGAGCACAGAGCACCAGUGCCUGCGAGGGCUGCUUGCACUGCAGGGCCCCAGCGUGGAUGUCCUGUGCAGGUUUCUUCCUCUUUCACACAAACAGUAGACCCCUGUUCUCCCUGAAGUUGUGGUGUGUGACCAUCUAUCAACAGGGAAUUGAGCACCAGCCUGGCUGCUGGGACAAGGAGGAGCACAUUUGCCUAGUGGAAGAUGUGCAGGAGAAAAACCACACGCUGCUGCUGGGCUGGUGCAGCCACCCCAGUCUGGGCUGCAGCUUCCCUUCUCAGCCCCGCAGCUGGGAGAUCCAUCACUUGCCCAGGCUUGGCCCAUGAAGGGUGCACACAGGAGGAAGAGGGGGUAUGGUGCCAGGGAAUGACUUCUGCUUCUUCUGGGAGGCCAGCGUCCUGGUGGGGACUCCAGACUCCUGUGAUGGGGACAACAUUGUCACUUCGGUGCCGUGGGGUGGCCUGACCCCUCAGCUGCAGUGAAGUAGGAGGACAGAGCACGGACAAGACCAACAGGCAUGCUCUCUGCAUCCCUCUGCAGACAGACCCCUGAUCCACAGGAGAGCAUCCCAGUUCCUGGUCUAUCCCAAACCAGAAACAAGGAGGAAGGCAGGCUGGUGGUUGCACACCAUCCCUCCCUUUGUUGGCGCAAGCUGGCAGAGGCAGCAAGGUUUUCUCAGUGUUAAUAGUGACUGCCAUGAUGAUCCCAAGUCAGGGCCCACAUAGGGUUGCUGUCCCAGAGUGCUGGGCCCUUUAAAAGUUUUGUAAUGGAAAUCUCUACCUAAGAAGUGUCCUGGGAGGGGUGCUGGCCUUGAAGGGUUCCACUCCUUGUGCUAGGUCAGGGCCCUGCACACAAAGAGGAAUGGAAAGAAAAGGCUGACAAAGCCUGCAGAAUCUGGGGUGGGAGUUCUGCUUGUGAGGGGACGAGAUCCAGAGAAGGAAGAGAUGUGGAAGGAGCCUGAGACACAGGGUGACCUCAACACACUCCUUCCCAUGCCUUGGAGAGAGGUACCUCCAUCCAUCCAAAAGCCUCUGGUAACAAGGAAAUACCAAGCACCCCCACCCCAUACAUCUUACUUUUGCUUAUUUGUGUAUUGUCAGCAACACAUCAAAUGCUUCAGAAGUGGGUAUGAAGGCAAUGGUUGCCCCAGAGGGCUGGCAUUAAGAAGCCAUGCUCGCCCCCCACUCUCCAGCAUCUGCCUUUGACCAUCCCUCCUCUCUCUGGCUCUCCUGUUGCCUCUUGUCCCCAUGUGCAGGAGACUGCAGGCAGACUCUGGGAAUCCCUCACCCCCUUCCCAGAGUUUCUGGGCAGGCUGCAGCCAGCUUUGCAAGAGAGGCAGCAUGUUCCUCCAGCUGGGUGCCAUUCAAAUGUACAUUUCAUCCUAAAGAAGCAUGUUAAUGUCUGCGAUUGCCAUUGUACUUGAGCCAUAAAAGAGAGAAGUGCAUCAGAGAUCUGUACAGAAGCUGGUCUGAAAGUUCCCAUUAUGUUUUUUAACAUGGAAGAACUAAUAAAAAAAGCAGGAGAAAAGA